AUGAAUUUAUUCUCGACUCAGCAUUCCGCUCCAGACCAACUUACUCAUGCCCCGGACAAGUGCACACGCCCCCCUUGCCCCUGUUGUAACAAGUUCUCACAUAUCACCUCCCGAAAUCGAAAUCCCCCAUGUCACAAUGGGAACAUUGGGCAGGCUUCCAGACUUUCUACGCUUUGCAAGGAAUCCAGGACCCCAGCUACUGCCCCAAGUCUCCAAGCCUCCUCUUUCCACCAAAGAGCCCAGUGUGUUGAACAGUCGACACUCUGUUGCCCUGGCUGCCCUGUGGAGGACGCUAGUAGCAGGUUCCUGACUCUCGGGCCGUUCUCUCGCACUUGA